AUGAAAUUUUUAAUAUUACUUAGAUCCAUAAAUAUAUCUGGUAAAAAUAUAAUUAAAAUGAAAGAGUUAAGAGAGGAACUAGGUAAAUUUAAAAGUUUUAGUAAUAUCCAAACAUUAAUUCAAACAGGAAAUAUUGUGUUGGAUUGCGAUCUGGAAGAAAAGGAAAUCGAAAAAAACAUUUCAUUUACAUUGGAAAACUCAUUUAACGUAUCAAAUCCACAAAUGGCAAUAUUCAAUUUAGAUAAAUUCAGUAAUAUACUAUCCAAAAGUGCAAAUGCAAUUAGUGGUCAUGAUCAAGUUAAUUCAUUUGAUAGGCUGACUUUAAUAUUUCCAACAACAGAUACCCAACUACUAGAAAGAGAUAUAGAUGAAAGUGAAAAGAAAAAUAUGACUGAAAGUUGUUUUUGGACAAUUAUAGAUGAUGUUGUUUUUUAUAAUGGUAAAAUGUCGGGUGUUGACGCUAAAGUUUAUAAAAGAUUGGACAGCAAAUUAAAAAAACUAAGAUACACAGCAAGAAAAUACAGAACAUGCAACAAAUGUCUGGAUCUAAUGAAAUAA